AUGCUAAAGAACUAUAGAGGCACAAAUAAUAGCACAAGCAGAGUCCAUAUCUUGCAAGUCUUACGUUAUCCUUUAAGCCUUCUUCAGCUAAUACAACAACAAUUUUUGUACUUAAUGACGCGUAAUUUCAUUUUCUUAUCAUUUCCUUCGGGGGAUUAUUCAUAUAUAAAACUAUCUGCAGCUGUUGGUACCAGCCUCAACUCUUCCUCCUAAGUGCAAUCAUCUAUUAUUGAGCGAGAGGCCGUGCGUGGAAAUGUGUGUAAGAAGGUGGAUUUGAAGUAGAAUUGGUUACAAUCGAUCAAGGGUGAAGAAUAUUCCUGAUGUUAACAAAAGAAGCAGCUAUGUCUUUCUCUCAGUUUGGAUAUCCUUACAAUGCAACUUCACAGUUUUUCGUGUCGGCAAAUCCCAGUACGACUUGCUGCGAUUCGAUUUCCAGGUCGGUCUCUGACGGGACGAGCGGUACCCAGACUCCUGCUACCUUCUGCUGCCCUUCCUACGAGAACCGGCUCCUGGCCAGCACACGGACGGAGCUCAACGCGGCACUAGGGAUGUAUAGCUCGCCCUACGCUGCCGCGGCCGCCGCCAGCCAGAACUAUGCCAGCUACUUCCCCUACAGCGCCGAGCCCUCCGCUGCUAUCUACUCAUCUCUGAAUCCACAGUAUGAAAUGAAGGAUGGCACAGGCACUCUGCAUUCUGGCAUAACUCAACCUGCCGCCUACUAUCCUUAUGACCACUCACUGGGCCAGUACCAAUAUGACAGGUAUGGGACUAUGGACUUUAAUGGGUCAGCCAGGAGGAAGAAUGCCACACGUGAGACCACCAGUACCCUGAAGACAUGGCUGUACGAGCACAGGAAAAACCCCUACCCCACCAAGGGGGAGAAGAUCAUGCUGGCCAUCAUCACCAAAAUGACCCUCACCCAAGUUUCCACCUGGUUCGCCAACGCCAGGAGGAGGCUAAAGAAGGAGAACAAGAUGACCUGGUCACCAAAGAAUAAGGCUGGGGACGACAGGAAGGACGACCUGGAUAAAAGUGACCAAGAUUGUGUCACCAAAGAUUCCAGUGAGUGUAAAGAUGGGAAAGACCUUCAUCUGAGUGACCUGGAGGACAUGGAGGACGAGGACUGUGACAAGCUGGACAGUGACUGUGAGAAGAUGGCCCCCAGGGGCCCUGAGGAACAGAGGGACCUCCACAGGGCCAUGUCCGGUGGUGGUGUUGGCCCUGGAGGCCCUCCAAAGAGAGACUGCAGCUCAGAGCUCUCCCUCUCCUUGCCCAACAGCUUCCACCACUCAUUCCCAUGUGGUAUCAAGAGCCUACCCGCCCUGCCCUCUCUACCCGCCAUGCCCUCGGACUUCCUUGAUCCACUGGUGACGUCCAAGCCCCCCUCCACCACCACCACCAUCCCCACAGGCACUCACACUGUGUCCCUGUCACACUUCGAGGUGUCGGACCGGGACAAACCAAGGAUCUGGUCUCUGGCGCGUACAGCGGCCACGGGGGUCAUCCUGGGCUCUGCUCACCACGGGGCCCCAGAGCUCCGGACAGGGAGCAUGCUGGGAGACUGCCAGCUACAGGGGACCAGGCUACCAGUGACUGGUACCGGACAGUGUGGGCCCCUCAGGGGCCUCCAGGAUCCUACUAACAUAUCCAAUGCUGAGAACCCUUUCCAGGAGGGCCCCUUGUUGCAAUCUAAGGUCUAUAGUGCAGGCAGCUACAACCACAAGGCCCUCCAACUGCACUGUUCCUCCUAUCCUGCGCUUUCAGACUCAUGCCAGUACUCCACUAUCGAAGGAUUCUCCAGUGGGAAGGCAGAGACAGAGCCCUCGGAACUCAGUGACACAUGUGUGACCCUGCAGGAUGACAAGGUCACUGCCUUCAGACCUGUGAUGAAGAGGUGAGGAAGGUUGAUGGACCACUAGCGGUUCUGGAGGGGGGAGUAUGUGGAGUAUGAAAUCAUUUUUACAUAACUAAUUUUUGCUAUCAUUCUUUUUUUACAUCCGAUAUUAGACAGUGGCAACGCGGAACACUAAUGAUUAUGAACAUGGUCUUUUGCCUGCUAAUGCCUGCAAUGCAGUGAAGAAAACGAUAUGACAACAAUAACGUCUAAUGUAACUGGCCCCUCUAACAGUACAACUGGCUCCAGCUUGGCCCCCCCAGAUGAAAUGGUCUAGAACCGCCACUGUGAUGGACACGCAGUCAUUACACAGUGGGACUUUUAUUUAGCCGGUAUUAGGCUAUGCACUAUAAAGACUUGGGAUGACGACGAGCAUCGGACAUCCUACCUACCUUACACCUGGGAACUGCGGAGCUCCGCAGUCAAAGCUCGAUGAGCCCUGCCCAAACUGUGGAAGCUGCCAUGAUUUUGCACAACGUUUUUAUGGUGUUGACGAUGACUUUAUGCAAGACUUUGAAAUGCAACGGUAUGGGAACUGACGGUGAAUUCAUGAUGUAUGCAAUGGGCAAUCGUAGCGUAGCAAUGUUAUUUAUUUAUUUGUGUAUUUAUGAUUUGAUUCCUCAACUGUUCAUUUAUUUAUUUCGUAUGUGUCAUUUAAAUACUUUGUUACAUGUAUGUAUUGUUUCAACUGUGGUUGUGUGCUAUUUCUACCUGAUUUAACGGAAAAAUACUUAGCUUGUUGUUGGUCUUUCUGUUUGCUAAAAGAGUGGGAUGUAUUGAGUUGGGAUCGGAAUUGUCUAUUGUGUGUGUGUCGACCUGGAGAAAUUGUUGAUUGUGUUGUGUUCAUCUCAAAGAUAAUUGUGAGCUUAUUCUGUUUUUGCCAUCCAUGAAAUAUUUUAUAAGAAUGAAUUUUUUCAAGAACUCCUCGUUUUUGUGUAAAUAUUAUUUCCAGAACAUUAACAUUGGUUUAAUCGGCCAAUUAAAACCUUUGAGACUUUUGCACUAGAUCAGAGUUUAUCUUCUUAACGUGGAGAAUAAUACUGGAACAUUGUUGAUAAGGUCAUAAAUCAGUAGAAAUCAGUAGAGAAUGUGAAUGAACGUUACAAUGCCAGGAAGAAAGGGGACAUCAUCUCUCCAAUGUAAUUAUCUAAUCAGUUCUGGCAUCAAACACUUUGUUACUGUUCAGACAAGCAACGAGGCAGGAAUACGGGAUGAAUGCUGCUUUGUCCGCUGCAAUAACUUACUUGUGUUAAUUAAAAGGUCAUUUG